UGGUCGCUCGGUUGCCAAGGCCACGCGGUUGCCAAGGCCGCGGCUCGGCGCGGUGGCGAUUCUCGCUGCCGCCGUCCGGGCCCGCCACCGCCGCCUGCUCCGGCCGGCGCGAUGGUGAAGCUCGCUGCCAAGUGCCUGCUGGCAGGAGAUCCAGCUGUGGGUAAGAGUGCUUUAGCCCAGAUGUUUCGCAGUGAUGGGGCUCAUUUUCAGAAGAACUACACACUGACAGCAGGAAUAGAACUGUUGGUGAAGGCUGUAUCAGUUCCAGAGACAAGUGAUAGUGUGGAAUUCUUCAUUUUUGACUCUGCAGGAAAAGAUCUAUUUUCUGAAAUGCUGGAGAAAGUGUGGGAGCAACCCAACGUCCUGUGCCUUGUGUAUGAUAUCACUAAUGAGCAAUCCUUCAACAACUGUGACAAAUGGUUGGAGAAGCUGAGGGCUCAAGCAGUUGGGGUGCACAUCCCAGGUGUCUUAGUGGGGAAUAAAACAGACCUAGCUGAUUGUCGAGCUGUGGAGCAGGAGCAAGCACAGGAGUGGGCUGAGAAACAUGGCCUGGAAUACUGUGAGAUGUCAGUGAAGGAAAUGAAAAAUUUUGAGGCCCCUUUCCAUAUCCUGGCAAAGUUAUUCCACCAACUGUACAAAGAGAAAGUGGAAACUUUUCACUCACUAGCCUGACUGAAUCUGUUUCUUUCCUUCGGUGUGGCUCACUGUCCCUGCCUGGUGGGAGCUGUGUCGUGUCCAACCGCUGUCACUUGGUGACGCAGUGCCCUCUGCUGGUCCCGGGCCACAGGAGUUCUCCAGAGGCUGCCGCCUCCCUUGAAGUGAGCAAGAAGGGCUUCCUGCAGGCACAUCCAAAUUGCCUUAACUGCUAAAAGGAGUCAAAUUGCAAGAAUACCUUUUCUAGUCUAAAGAUAAAUCUAAAACUUAUAAAAAAUUACCUUUUCUUCUUCGUAUCUUUAUCAUCCUAUAUAUUGUUGUUUCGUUUAUGUCAGCUGAAUUUGGCAAUGACAUUCUGAUUAGGUUCAGUUCUCAAUCUCAAAAUCAGAGUCCUCUUAUUAAAGUCUCUCUGCUUGUCAUUGAAUUUCAGAUAAAAGACCACGGUUCUGAUGUUGCUAGUGGAAACAGGACUAAGGAAAUGAAAGACAGCCUGGCUAAGUUACUCUGACUCAGCUGUGUCUGGCUAGAAGUUUCGUAUUAGAAAAGGUAAAAGCCUAGAGAGAGUGGCUCUUUUGUGUGGAGUACUGACGUUGCAUGUGUAAGAGUCUUUGCUAAUGCAGUAUACAAAGGCAUCUGUGGUAAGGUACUGCCUUGUAACUGAGCCUAACACCAUGAGUUUCAAAAAUUUAACCAUUUUCUUCCAGAUUAUGGUAGACUCCCUUGGGCAAGGGAAGCUGAGUUUUGUAGAGACUAAGCACUGAGUGACUUUUUAGGCAGUCUUUUCAGGAAUCUGUGUUUCAAGACUUCUAUGCAUGUGGUUUAUAAUCAUUUUUAUGCUCAGUGCUAGGAAAAGUACAUUAAAUUGAAUGUAAGAAAUAUGGCUGCAGAUGUUGUAGCAGAGUUUAUGAAGCACUUCAAGAAUCUGGAGAAGCACUGGUCUCAUUCUCUGGCAACGGAAUGUUGAUGCUAGGAACUCGCUAGGGAGCUUGAAUACCAGUUAAAGAGGAUGAGUAGGAGCUCAAUCUACAAAAAGUGAAAACAAGAGGUUCUUUUUCUAGAAGUCAACUCAAAAAUGACAGAAUAAGCUGGGAAAGCUCCUGCUUUCUCCAAAGAGGGAAAAGGUCCUCCAUGAAUUUAGGGUAACUAGCUUGCACGUGCUGAUGUCUCUGACUAGUAAGAAUAAAAGCUAUUUUGGAUGCUGUGCUGGUCUAGCUGAAGAGCUGAAGAGGGUUUGUUUUUAUUUAGUAUCUAAUUUCCUCCUGAUUCUAUUGAUGAUGUGAUCACAACAAGACACAUAUUUUUUCAUAUUGAAAAUAACAUACCAGAUGUGUACGUCACCUGUGACAUAGUGUAUCUAGGGGGGAUGAAUGCCUUUGAAAUAGGUAAUAAAAUGAAUUCUGUGCAAUCUUUAACCAGGGAGUCUAUCUCUCUGCACCUGAAAGACCUACCAUAACUUCAAAUAAACACACUAAAUGCACCAGUAAGAUGAAGAUUGGUGAAUGCUGUUUUAUAAAAUAAAUGCAAAAGCUGGAGGAGCUCAUUAA